AUGUCAAAAGAUCUAACUCCUCAAUUAAUUGGUACAUCUAUCUUGCCCAAGCCUUCCCCCCGAACACCAACUUCUACUCGAAAUACAAAAUCAGCUGGACUUAACCAUUCUACUUCUUCUUUUUCAAGAGUGAUAUCCCAAAGAUCUAACUAUCCCCCAGUCCGAACUGCCAAUUCAACUCGGGGUCAAGUCCAAUCUCUCUAUUCUCCUCGCAAUAUGAGUUUUGGAACCACCACUUAUGGUGCUGAGCUUGGGCUAAUACGUCCAGGCUCCACAUACAAGAAAACUACCGUUGAUUACUUAUUAAUGCAUCAGACUCUAAAGCCUGAGCGACUAUCAGAAAACCAAACCCCAUCUGUACAGUUUAUGAAAACCUUUGACGAAUGCAGAGAUUUAAGCUCUGCCCAAGAAGCAAAAAGACAGAACCUAGAAGUACGAAUUAUAUAGAAAUUAGUUGACAAAAACUGAGAAAUGAAUUUAUUCCAAAGCAUUUCUAGUGCAUUUCAGUCGUUUACACAUGAAGUAAUAUCUAGUUAGACUCUACAUGCAGAGUAUUUUGUAGGCGAAAGCAAAAAAGAUGUGCUGAAAACCCUGCUUUAUAUUGAAAAUCUAUUUUUUAAAUUGGGAGAACAUAUGUAUAAACUUAUUGAUGAGAAAAAUACCAAAAUAAAAUCACUUGAAGCUAUAUGUGAGAAAUUUGAUGAAAAUAACAAAAUACUAGGACAAACGUCUUCAGAACUAAAAGAAAUCAAAGGGAAAAAUGACUCUAUUGCCAAGAAAAACGCUGAAGAAGUAAUAUAUUUUGAAAUAAGGGAAAGAGCAUGGAACAAAGAAAAAGCUCAGCUAGAAAAUCGAAUUGAGAUGCUGGUAGAAAAGCUAGAAGGAUAUAAAGACGUUAAAUCCAACGACGAUAUCAAUUCUGAGCUGAGCAGACAUGCGAAUAUUUUGGAAGAAAAUAUUGUUGAGUAUAAAAAAAAGGUCGAAUCUCUAAAAAAUGUCAUAAGUAAGCUUCAGCUUGAGCUUGGGCUUGCAAAAACAGAAAUAAGUGAAAAAAUGUCAUUUUUUAAUCAAUUCAGCGAAAUCAAGAGAGGGCUAGAAGAUGUGAUUGCAGAGCAUAAAGAAAAUGAAGCAGCUUUGGAAAGUAAAAUAGAAUGGCUAAAAGAAAGUAUUUAUAUGCAAAAGGAAGAUCUAGAAGUUUAUAAGAAAUACAGGUAUAAAUACCAGCAACUCAAAAUCACGCAUCAUACUACAACCCAAAAAUUGCAUAAUUUAGAAAUGAACAUAAUGCUUGGGAAUUUUCACAAUGCUGGGCAGAACGGAGAUACAAUUAUAUCCUUAAAAGACCCGAUAUUUUCCCCUGUGAGAGAGCCAGUCACAUUUGAAAGAGGCUAUUUUCGAAGGACGACUAACAAAGAAUUCAGCUCAGCCCCUGACGCUUCUUUACAAAGAUCAGAGAGCAUCAUUCAAAAAGAGUCUUUAGCUAAACAAAAAUUUAAACAAGAAGUUUCACUAGACGGUUUAAUUGAGCUUGUAAAACACAAUAGACCUACCUAUUCAUCUCUAGUAUCAAUUCCUACAGGAAAUACUGCGACCUUUUCUCCUCCUUUCGAAGACUGGCUUGAAAUAACUAUAAGAGGUAUUUUUGAUUCAAAAUAUUAUGAGCACUUAAUGUGCUCAAAAGAAACUGGAAAAAUCCCUUCAAGUUUUCCUGAAUUUGUCUAUGCGUGGCUUGGAGCAUUCUAUGUAGACGAAAGAACAAGGAACGUAAAAGAGCUUGAAUGGCACAAAAAAGACCACGCAAAUGAGUUCAGAUUGAGCAUUUUGCUAGGCUUGUGUGCGAGACCGACUAAUAAAAUAUGAGAAAUAUUCACUUUUAAAGAGUUUCUUUUAGAAGAUAUGGGUAUUGACGAGCUUGCAUUUUUCUUGCAUUGCAGGUUUGCACUGUUUGGAGGCCCUCAACUUUGCCACUCAAGUGGGAGGUUUUCUAAUUUCCAUUACCUUGGGUUUGAUAAGGUUUCUUCUGUGGUCGACAUGCUCAUGGCAAAUCUUCCUACAGCAAGCGUUACUGAGCUAAAAAACAUUUUAAGGCAAAAAUGCAGAGACCAAAAUGGCGCUCUUACUAUAGAAAGUUCUCUUGUGCUACGAGUUAUGCUGGAAUAUUACCGAAAUGAAAAAUCCUUUAAAAUUCGAGUCAUAAAUGAUUUAUUUGAACAAAACGCAAGAGAAAACGAGCAAGCGCAAAUGAACUUUGAAAACUUCAAAUACCUUGUGAAAAACAUUGAUUUACAAAUCCCUGAGUCAAGAAUUGCUAACUCCCCCCCCCCCCCCUCCGUGAGCGAACAAAACCAUUUAGAAAAAAUCGCCAUUUUUUGACCAAAAAACCCACCCUCCGUGAGUGAACAAAAAAUUUUUUUAAUAGAAAAAAUUUUAAUGGAAAAAAAAUUUUGAUAUAUAAGUGAUAAUUAGUAUAAUGAAAUCUAGAGCUAAUUCUGUUUAAUUUUAAACAAAUUGCGUUUUAAAACAUAAAUUUUGCAAAUAAAAAAUUAAUAUUUGCUUCCCAAUUUUUGCAAAUUAGGAUUUUUUUUAAAUUUCGAAAAAAAUAUUUUUUAUAAAAUUUAUAUAUAAAUUUUUUUUAAAAAAAAAAAUUAAACCCCCUCCGUGAGCGAACAAAAUUUUUUUGUUCGCUCACGGAGGGGGGGGGGGGGAGUAAGCUCUUCAGAGACUCCUGGGCAAUCGGAAAUUCAAAAAUAACUGCUGGAUCAUUUCUAGCAGCUGCAAAUGAAAAUGGGUUCUUUUUUCAUCAUUUAAGGCUAAAAGGAAUCUACUCUAAGCCAGCAACAGAUCAAUAUGGCAUUAUUGAUCCAAACGCUGAUGCUUUUUCGUCAUUUUGGUAUAAAAUUGAGACAUCGUGAAAAUCAAUGAAUAAAGACAUAGAAAUGAUAAAGGAAAUUGUGGGUGAAAUGGGAGUCCCAGAUUUAUCAGCAAAUCUGUCUAAAUUUGAAAUGAUACUCAAUAGAAAAGGAACAAUUUCAAAAGAAGAUAAUGGGAACUGGCAUAUCGGGGAUAUUUUUAGGCAUUAUUGGUAUAUGGUUAUCCAAAUUCAGCUAGCACUAAGUGAAUGCAAUUAUUUUAGCUUAAAUCUAGGAUCUGAUAGAGAAUCUAGAGAAAGAGAAAUGAUUGAAAUAACUUUGGGAUGCCAAACCUUUAUUAAGAAAGUGUAUGAAAUGAAUAUAAAGAGAGUGUCAGCGAAGAUCAUGCUAAGAAAGGUGCAGAAUAAAUGGAAAAAUAUUAAAAGAGAUAAGCAAAAUCGAUUGGUGAAUAGAAUAUUCAAAGAAAUUGGUAAAAUUCAGAAAUCUGGAAAGACUUCUCUCGCAGGGUUGUUGGCUAAGCAUAAUUAA